CCAUGUUCCGCUAGCUUAUUAGUUCCUCUUGUGGAGAAGUUUGGAAAGCAUAGGGUGGAUAUAAGAAUGUAUCACACUCCUCAUUUGAAAGGCUUCACCAAGAGCUUGGCACCAAAGAGAAUCAACGAAGCUUGGGGCUUGCAGCAUAUGAAAUUAUAUGGGUUUGAUGAUGAAAUCAUGUUGAGUGGCGCAAACUUAUCUGAGGACUACUUUACUGAUAGACAAGAUCGUUAUUAUCUUUUCAGUAACAGGAAGUUGACUGAAUACUAUUCAAAGAUUCAUGAUAGUAUUUGCUCAAUAAGUUACCAAAUAUUACCAUCCACCAACACCCCAAGUGGAUUUAGAAUGGACUGGCCUACUAGUAACAAAACCUGUGAACCUCACGUUAACCAUGCAAGGUUUAUUAGUGACACGUCAUUUAUGUUGGAACCCUUGUUGAAGCAGCAGGAUCUCAAGAACUUCGAGGAAUUCAAUGACUCUGAUGAGUAUGACACAAUUGUCUAUCCAAUUUCUCAGUUUUCUCCAUUAUUACAGCCCAGGAAUGACAUUUCCACAGAGAAACCCUCAGUAUUGAGACUUCUUACUUUCUUGGAUUCGCCCACCAUAAAGUGGUGGUUUACAGCAGGAUACUUCAAUUUGUUGCCAGAGAUUCAGGAAAAAUUAGUCAACGGCGUGGCUAAAGGAACAAUAAUAACAGCCAGUGCAAAGGCAAAUUCUUUCUAUAAGUCUACGGGGGUAUCAUAUUAUAUACCCGAAGCGUACUUGUUGAUUGCUAAGAAGUUUUUGGAAGAUAUAAGAGCUAAGGCUAAAGAUAACUUGAUUAAGUUGUACGAAUGGCGUAAUGGUGUAGUCAAUACACCAGGGGGUUGGUCUUACCACGCCAAGGGGAUCUGGAUUACUGUUCCAGAUGAAGAUUUACCCUCGAUAACUGUUAUAGGAUCAUCAAACUACACAAAGAGAGCUUAUUCUUUGGAUUUAGAAAGCAACGCUAUAUUAAUCACAAAGAAUAAAGGCUUGAAAAAGAAAAUGAAGGAAGAAGUCGAUAACUUGUUGAAGUACGCUCAUCCAAUGGAAUUGGAGCAGUUUGAACCUAAAGUAAUAGGCUAUGAGAAGAACGAAAAUGAUGAGGAUAUUUUAGAGAGGCCCAUAAAAAAGGUUUCUGAAGAUAGACAAAUAAGCUACGGAGUUCAUCUUGGCUUGAAAGUCAUAGGUGGAAAAUUAUAGUUUUCAUAUCAUAAACCAAUGUAAAUAUGCAUUCAAUCCAGCGCAAAAACCUAUAAAACAUUCAUACCUCUUCUCCUAAUUCCUUAUAUUCUUUCUUGGAGUACCAAUAUUGCUUUUGCAAUUUCAAAAGUAUUACAACCGGAAUGUUUGAGAGAAGGUAUAUCCCUGGGUAGUAGUUGACCGGUGAAUCAAACCACUGAACAUAAUGGCUCAAUGAAAUAUGUCCAAUUGUCAUUAGUGAAAGAGCCAUAAUUCUGAUAUUCAAUGAUUCGUUUGACAUGCAAAAACUCGAGUCUGAUGCCCAAUUCAUUAUUAGCUGAGGAUAAUAUUUAAAAAAUUUAAACUCUUGACCUAAGAACCACACGUACCAUAAUGUGUCCAAUGAAUUGAGCAUAUAUCGAUGUGAAUACGUAUUGUAUAUAAUAUAACCUAGCACUGCCAAAUUGAUAAUCAAAACAGUUUUGCAAACGAAGCUGAAAUCUUGAUCUUUGUGCUUUGUGUGGUUAUAUUUAAGCAUUUGAAAUAGGCUACCAAUGGCAACAAUGAAUUUAAGGAUUUCAAUAUUGCCAAAUAAUAUUGAUAUUUGUAACGUGGGAUGAACCGGAUAUCUUUGCAGGUGAAGGAGUUGUAUUAGGUUUGUGUAACAGCCAAUAUUGAAAAUUAUGCCGGCAAAAUAAUCAAUAAAAUUAGAAGCUACCGUGUCAAAAGAUAGUCGUGAUAUAGAGUUUCUUCUCCUUGUAUAUGCUAAUUGCUUGUAGUCUGCCCAAAGUUCCAAGGUUGAGGCUGCCACCAAUAACGUCUCGGAAAUCAUUAAAUGCUAAUCAUCGUU